UUGUUGUAUGUGCUGUCUCUGAAACUCGAUUACUGCUAAGGGGCACGAACUUCGCUCAAAUUGGACCAGCCUAAUGGACGUAAGGAAGCUGUUCGGCCAGAAGCUGUUCGGGCCAAAAGGCAAGUCGGAAGAUGACGAGGCUGAGAUCAACAAAGCCAAGACAUCACCACGACGUGAGAAGUAUGGUCUUUUCGACCUAUACAGUCCGCCAGCCGAGGAAAUCGAGGUCGACGUUGUUGCAGUUCACGGCCUUAACGGUGAUUGGGAAAUGACAUGGACAGAAACUACAACUGGCAAUAUGUGGUUGCGAGACUUCGUACCGAUACAAUGCCCAAAGUUCAGAGUCAUGUCAUUUGGCUAUGAUUCGACUUUCGCCCUUAGUCAUUCCGAAGCAACCAUUGACGAUGCAGCACACGAUUUGAUCAACAGGUUGGAUGAUGAACGUCAAUCUUCUCCGGCGAAGAAGAGACCGUUAAUAUUUGUCGCUCACAGUCUGGGUGGUGUUGUAGUUAAAAGGGCACUUAUGAUUGCAAAUGAACGUUCGGCACACUGGGGGCAUCUAAGAGACCAAGCAAAGUACGCCAUUCCAAUUCCAGGUGCUAAUCAUAUAAACAUCUGCAAGUUUGAUAGCUCGGAUGCCCAGAAAUACAAACCGGUCAAGGGUGCGCUAGCAAAAAUAUCUGAAUUGGUAGGAAUGCCGGAAGCGUCUUCCACACAAGAAUUUCUCCCUCGGCAGAACGAUUUGCAUCGAAUAGAGCUCGAAUAUAAAUGUCUCGAAGCACUCCGUGGAUCGAGAAACUACGAAGGGAAUAAAAACAGAAACACUAAACGCGUCCAUAACACAUGCCGCUGGGUUCUGAGAAACCAAAAGUUCACUGAUUGGCGGGAUGGUAAGUCUGUAGGAUUGUUGUGGGUAUCUGCUGGCCCUGGGUUUGGAAAGUCGGUUUUGACAAGAUCACUUGUCGACGAAAGGCUGUUGGGCACAUCUGAAGUUGCGAUUUGUUACUUUUUCUUCAAAGAAGACGACGAAAACGCCAAGCGAUCCACGGACGCUCUAAGUGUCUUGCUGUAUCAGCUGCUUGUCAAGUAUCCAACAUUAAUCCGGCACACUCUCUCCUAUGGCAAAGAUCCCAAGCAGCUACUUGCUCAGUCAAUUCCUACGCUCUGGAACGUUUUAGAAGAAAUCGUCAAAGACCCCACCUCUCCGCAGCUAGUAUUUGUAAUCGAUGCCCUGGACGAGAGCGUAGACAACGGGAAGCCCAUAAUCGAGAGACUGGUAGAGUUCUACUCCCCAAAUCAGCCAUCGCCCAAAUCCGCUAUCUCUAAACUUAAGUUCUUGAUCACCAGUCGUCCCUACAUCAGUAUCCAGAGAAGCUUUGGAAAUCUCGCCCAAAACAACGAUAGUAUACAUCUAUCGGGUGAUCGCCACAUUGCUCUCCUACGAGAGGAGAUAAAACUCGUCAUGGAAAGUGAGCUACAUUUGAUAGAGGAGAGUUUAAGACUCCCAAAGCAGGUCAUCACACUUUUGAAGGGUCGUCUUUCGGAGAAUGAAAACCGAAAUUACCUCUGGUUGCACUUAGUUCUUGAGCUUAUCAAGAAAAGUGUGGGGGCAACAACAGUAACCGGUGCACGAAAGCUUAUUGCACAAUUGCCAAAAACAGCGGAAGAUGCAUAUGAAGCCAUACUACGAAAAAGUUCCAACAAGGACGAAGCUGCGAAAUUGCUUCACAUCAUUGUUGCUGCUGUUCGCCCUCUCACCGUUGCAGAGAUGAGAAUUGCUAUUGCAAUCGAUGAACUCACUCAAAGCCACAAGGAUUUGGACCUUGAAAGUAUCUCAAACUUCGAAACAACCAUCCGAAAUCAAUGCGGACUCUUCAUUACCAUUAGUGAUCAAAAGAUCUACCUUGUGCACAACACUGCAAAGGACUUCCUACUAGCGGCAAAGACUGCUCCACUUUCAACCAUGAACUCGAACUCUGGCCGCUGGAAAAACUCGAUAGAUCCUUCCAAGUCUCACGAAAUACUUUCUUGGGCGUGUAUUAGAUAUCUUUGCUUCUCCGACUUCAAGAAGCCAGAGAAUAACUCGCAACGGCCAGAUCAUCAGGUGCAGAGCUCAGAAGUUGCAGAGGACGAGGAAUUGAGCAGUCUAGAAGAGCAUUAUGCUGAUGCUGAUGAUGAUGAUGAUGAUGAAGCUUGCAACAGUCUCGACUCAAUGACUGUUUAUGACCCACGCCACUGGGACGAUCUUCUCCUAAAAAAGCGUUUUCAGAAACAUCAAUUCCUUGAAUACGCUUCUCCGCAUUGGUUGUCUCACUUCCAAAUGGCUAAUCCUUGCGAUGUAAUGCUUCAACAGUCUCUCAGACUGUGUGAGGUUCGCUCAGAUUUAUGCACAAACUGGUUUGAAGUCUUGCCUGUCAGAGAGGGACGCGAUUUGACUUUCUUCAAGCAGUCAUUCAACCACUCUAAAGUUUACAGAGGCAUGGAUCUUGUAUUUUGUACAUUCAUGGGCAAUACACGUGUUACAGAGUAUUUGCUUAUGUUACUCCCACAUUUGACAGCAGACCCUGAACUAAAAAUCGGAAAGGAUGAUGUGGACCGUAUCAUACUGGCUGCACUUUACUUCGCCGUUGAAGAAGGAAGGAGUGACAUGAUCCGGAUCUUACUUUCAGCUUCUGAAACAAACAUGAGUAAUAUGAUUCUAUUUUACGAAACAGCUGGAGAAUAUCAUGAGAUCAUAGAUCUCGCAGGUGGUAAUGAGCUUACAGCACUGAGGCUAGCAGUAAAAAGUGGACAGCACCAUCUUGUUCCGCUGUUGUUGGAAAUGGGUGCCGACCCAAAUGUCAACGGCAGUUCCACCAUUCUUUCCCUUGCUUGCAUUAAGCCAACGGAAGCAUUGGUAAAGACGAUAAAGCUACUAUUGCGAUACGGCGCUGAUAUCAACAAGCUGGAUUUUUCUGGCAUCUCUCCUCUGUACAAAGCGAUCAUUCUCUGUCUUCCAGAGAGUAUAAUUCGUCUCAUAGAAGAUGCCGGUGGAGUCGUGACACAACCUUGGUCAAGCGGUGCAUCGGAAACGAACUCGUACUGGGGAUGGGAAGUCGCUAGAUUGAACAACUAGAUUUGGCUUGCGUGGAUCCUAUUAGUUCCAUAGGUAAUCCUUUAGUGCCUGCGUCAGGAGUUAGGAGCUUGUAUUUGGUCUAUGGAUUGCGAACUUUUUCACUUAGCUCUUUCUGGUUGGAUGUAUUUUCAAGCUGAAUAGACCUCGCAAUACCCAAAAGUUGAUCUUUACAUCAGCCGAGGUGAAUAUAAGAAAAGUAUACAACGAUUUUGUCUUUCGUCCAUAGAUACAUGCCAUCAUCAGAAAUCUCAAAUAUAUUGACU